GAAGCGGUCGACGGCGCCACUACUACCUGCAUUGCUCAGCACCGGCUGGCCGAGACGACUACUGCCGCCGCUGCUCCCCACCUCAUCAUCACCUACUAUCACCACAUCGCCACCCGCGCCAUCGCCUAGCAUGACGAUGCCAGCACCCAUCCCGAUUUCUAGGGUCAAUGACCCCUCAUCGUCCACCUCAGGCUCAUCUGGUGGCAUUGGCUCAUAUCGCAUGGGUACAUCGUAUGGCAACUCCUUUCCCAGCUCCAAUAGCGCAGGAGGCAGCGCCAGCUUUCGAGAGGCGAUGAUGAUGGCAACAUCCUUUGGCAAGGACGUAAACGACAUCAUGGAUUACUCGUCCAAUCGCUUUGGCUCAUCCGUCGACUCGGAAAUGACCAUCGCCCCAUCCACAUCGCAACCGCGCCUCGAAUCAACCUUCUGCCGCGACUUCAGCUGCUGUGGCCAAGAGCUCGAUGACCUCCACGACCUCCUCCAGCACUACGAGGAAUGCCACGUCCGCUUCGACGACGAUGGCAUGCCCGGCAUGGUAGAGGACGACGGUAGCUCGUCAGCCGGCUCAGCUUCCACUCCCUCGUCCGUACCGCCGAGUCCCCGUGUCGCUCAUCAGCGUGCGGCUACGGCCCCUGGUGGAUCCAAGCUUGGCGGUGGUGCAGGCGCAGCUGGUGGCAAUCAUAAGCGGGUGUCCACACUUAAUACCGAUUUGACAUCGCAGGGACUCGAUUCGACGACGGGUGCCAGCAAGGGCAAGAAGCGUUCCUUUGGGCAGUAUGACGCCAGUUCAAAUGCCGGCGUCAAUGGCUCCUCGGUCCACCAAUCACUGCGCCGAGCUCUCAUCGACGGAGGCGUCGGAUCACGCAGCGGCAGGUCAUCGCCCUCGGUCUACUCUGCCAAUUCACCCUUCUCAACGCCAGGCAGCUCCAUCCCGGGCACACCAGUGGGUGAUGACGAGGAGUUCGCCUUCGCCGGUAACAGUGGUUUGUCAGCAUUCUCAGCCCUCUCCCUCAGGCAGUCGAACAACGACGACCAUCUGCCGGCCUGCGCACCCCCGAAUCUCUUCUUUCCAGCCCCCGGUGCAUCAAGUGGCGCAGGUGCCAAUGCCACUACGCCGGGCAUGCCAGGCCUCAACCUACCCACCUUCAGCAACAGCAUGGUCAACGCAGCACACGCGGCCAGUGGCGCGCAGCCACCGCCUGCGAAGCGCGAGCGCAUGACCUCCUCCAACGGAGUAGGCGGACAGGGAGGCAGUGGUGGCGGCAGCAGCUCGUCAGCCAAUGUGGGACCGGGGGGCGAGAAGCUGGACAAGGAUGGCAAGCCCAUUGAGAAGCCAUUCAAGUGCCCCAAUCCCGGAUGCGAUAAGGCGUACAAGCAGGCAAACGGACUCAAGUACCACAGACUGCAUGGCUCUUGCAAUCGCAACCUUGCCGGCAAAGCAGGUAGCAGCGGUGGUAACAGCAGUAAUGGGCCUAGCACACCGACGCCGUCCGGGAGCGCGGCUGCAAGCAAGGGUCCAGGAAGUCCCUCCACCCCUUCGCCUGUCACCGCAAAUGCCAGCGCUGCGCCCACCAAGCCGCCGCAGGCAGCAUCGAGCGCUGCACCCAAGCCUGCUCAGCCGCCGCAGAAUGCUGCGCAAGCGAAGUCACCGCAACCACCCGUGCCACCCAAUGCAGCAGGCGCGCCAGUACCGGCAGGAGCUGCUGUGGGAGCGUCAGCAGCCAAAAAGCCGGCCGCUCCCACCACGGCCGGAGGCGGGCCUGCUCCCUUCCCUCUUCCGCCUAACAUCAACUCCGCAGCCCUCGCAGCAGCCGCAGCCCUCCUUCAACGCGGUGGGCCCCUUCCUCCCUCACUGCAGGGCUCGAACGGACCAAUCGAUACAGCUUCCCUGCUUAAGACGCUGCAGAUGUUGCAGGCGCAAGUGGCCGCGCAGCAGAAGGCCAAUGGCGGUGCCCCCGCACCCGGGGCGACGGGUGCAGCUGGCGCGGGCGCGGCCGCGGUCAAGAGUCCGCCAGCACUUCCCAGCAAAGCGGCCCCGGGUGCCCCCAUCGGGGCAGGUGGGGCCACGACGGCUACCUCUGGGCAGGCCCGACCGCCUCCUCCGAGGCCGACGGGUGUCACUGCGCCUGGUCAACAGGCCAAGCCUGCAGGCGCAGCACCGUCAGCACCAGCACCUCCCGCAGGCUUGGCGCCAAAGAAGGCUUCUCCUACCGUCGCAAGCGCACAACCUCGUCCACCUGCUCCACCCGCUCCUGCCACGGGAUCAGCCGCAGGGCAGCAAAAAGCGAGCCCGGCCGCCCCUGCAACAUCCUCACCGGCGUCGGCAGCUCAGCAAACCCAAAAGAAGUAAAGCGGCUCAUUAGAAGGGCCCCUCUUCACCACUUGUACUACUAGUCUGGCCAUCACACAUGCGCUACUACGCAAAGAGCCCGGCCGAGCGGGCUAUACCAUCGUCGCCGCCGCCCAGCGUGGCGCCACGCCCGCCGCUCUCACCAUUAAGUAUCUCGACCUUCACAGCGUCCGAUUCUAAUCUCAGUCUCAGGUUCUCACUUGUUCCGUAUCAGUCAGCCAAUACAU